UUAUAAUUCCUUCCACCAAUCCUAUAAGUAACAUGCGAUGGACAUGACGCAAAGUUGUUAUUUCUGUUUUUCUGUUUUACUAUACCACCACCAUGUAAGAUCACUUUGACUUUUUUCUUCCAUCCCCAAAACACAAACAAAAAUUAAGUCAAUACAUACGAUUGCAAUAGAAGAAAUUAAAAUGGAAAAAGUGCAAAGUAAUGUUGCGGGCCUAUGCGAAUUGCCGGCGGAGUUCAUCCGGCCGGAGGCGGAGCAGCCCCGCUUCACCACGUUCGAGGGGGCGGAUGCGGAGGUGCCGGUGGUUGAUUUCGGCGGCGAGUGGGAAACGGUGGUGAAGGCGGUUUGCGAGGCGAGCAGCAAAUGGGGGUUAUUCCAGAUUGUGAACCACAGCAUCUCCGGCGAAGUUAUAGACAAUUUACAGAGGGUUGGGCGGCUGUUUUUCGAGCUACCGAAUGAGGAGAAAACGGCAUAUGCGAGGGAUCCAGAGAGCAAGAGCCUUGAUGGCUAUGGAAGUAGGCUUAGAAAUGGUUGGGUUGAUCACUUGUUCAACAAAAUAUGGCCUCCUAACGCCGUUGAUUAUCGCUUCUGGCCCAAAACUCCGCCUGAUUAUAGGGAGGUUACUGAAGAGUACGGAAAAAAUCUGCAAGAAGUGGUGGAGAAGCUGCUGGGGUGCCUAUCGUUAGGGUUGGGGCUAGGGGUGGAGGAGUUGAAGACGGCGGUGGGAGGUGAGGAGCUCGUCUACAACCUCAAGAUCAACUAUUACCCACCGUGCCCCCGGCCGGACUUGGUUCUUGGGGUGCCGGCGCACACCGAUCUUUCCGCCUUAACAAUUUUGGUGCCAAAUCAAGUUCAAGGACUCCAAGUUUUCCGAGAUCAACAUUGGUACAAUGUUUCAUACAUUCCUAAUGCCUUGAUCAUCCACAUUGGAGACCAAAUUGAGAUAUUGAGCAAUGGGAAAUACAAAGCAGUGCUUCACAGAUCAGUGGUAAACAAGGAGAUAACAAGAAUUUCAUGGCCGGUUUUCAUGGAGCCACCUCCACAUCUUGAAGUCGGCCCUCAUCCUAAACUUCUUAAUCAACAAAAUCAGCCCAAAUAUAAGACCAAGAAGUUUAGUGAUUAUGCUUAUUGCAAGCUCAACAACAUUCCUCAGUGAAUUUAUAUUUUAGAUUUCCUUUUUCAAUAACCACUGUCCCUGUAUAUGGAGGCGUUAAUUUUGAGAUUAAUUAAUUAGAUUCGUCUUUGUAACUUUAUUGGUAUUGUAUUAAUUGAUAAUACACAAAUUAAAGAACAUCAAGAGAAGGAUUAUAUAUCCGCGGAUUUGGCUGUUGUUAA